AUGCUCCAGGAGAAAGGCCUGUCUGAAACGGAAGAAGGGUUUCCAGCAGCCCAGACAGCUGGUCAUGCAGAAUCCGCAGCGGGCUCCCCGGUUCUUGGCGUGGCAGGAGUCAGCAGCACGCCGCUGAGCAGCCCGCAGGGCCAGGAUCCGGAGCAGACAAUAGAAAACAUCAAAGUCUAUCUCCACGAGAAGGAACUAUGGAAGAAGUUUCAUGAAGCUGGCACCGAAAUGAUAAUAACCAAAGCAGGCAGGAGGAUGUUUCCUAGCUACAAAAUUAAGGUAACCGGGAUGAACCCCAAGACCAAGUACAUCCUGUUGAUCGACAUUGUCCCAGCUGAUGAUCACCGGUACAAAUUUUGUGACAACAAAUGGAUGGUGGCCGGGAAAGCGGAGCCCGCAAUGCCCGGGCGGUUAUACGUUCAUCCGGACUCGCCUGCCACGGGAGCUCACUGGAUGCGGCAGCUGGUGUCGUUUCAGAAGCUAAAGCUCACUAACAAUCACCUCGAUCCGUUCGGACACAUUAUUCUUAAUUCGAUGCAUAAAUACCAGCCGAGACUGCACAUUGUGAAAGCAGAUGAAAACAACGCCUUUGGGUCUAAGAACACAGCGUUCUGCACACAUGUGUUUCCAGAGACAUCCUUUAUAUCGGUGACCUCCUAUCAGAAUCACAAGAUAACCCAGCUGAAAAUUGAAAACAACCCAUUUGCCAAGGGAUUCCGGGGAAGUGAUGACAGUGAUUUGCGUGUGGCCCGGCUACAAAGCAAAGAAUAUCCAGUGAUUUCCAAAAGCAUCAUGAGGCAGAGGUUGGUUUCCACUCAUGGCCAGCUUUCAACAAAAACAGAUGUCAACCCACUCCAUGGGAAUCACCAGACCCUUCAGCAUUAUCAAUAUGAGAAUGGUGCUCACAUGCCGUUUGCUGCUUCGGAUACUCAAGAUCUACCACUCAACACCUUCACAGCACAGAGAGAUUCAGGGCUCUUUUAUCACUGCCUGAAAAGAAGAGAAAGUGCUCGGCAUUUAGACCUGCCCUGCAAACGCUCCUAUCUGGAAGCCUCCUCUUCUGUAGGAGAAGAUCAUUAUUUUCGUUCGCCACCUCCAUAUGACCAGCAAAUGUUAAGCCCUUCCUAUUGCAGUGAGGUGACACCUAGGGAAGCUUGUAUGUACUCAGGUUCUGGGGCUGAAAUUGCAGGUGUCUCAACAGUCGAUGACUUGCCACCUCCUCCCCCUCCCCCUUUGAGCUGCAAUAUGUGGACUUCUGUUGCACCUUACACCAGCUACAGUGUUCAGACAAUGGAAACUGUGCCUUAUCAGCCUUUCCCUGCUCAUUUUACUACCACCACCAUGAUGCCAAGACUCCCCUCUAUCACAAGUCAAAGCUCACAACCACCAGGUAAUAGUCCCUUCAGUGUCUACAAUCAACUGUCACAGUCUCAGGUUCGGGAGCGAGUUCCUCCCUCAUCCUUCCCGAGGGAAAGAGUGCACCCAUCUGUUUGCGAGAGGAAGCCCCCAUCUCCGCACUUAAACACAGCAAACGAAUUUCUGUACUCACAAAGCUUUUCACUCUCGAGGGAAUCUUCAUUACCAUACCAUUCAGGAAUGGGGACUGUGGAAAACUGGACUGAUGGAUGA